AUGAUAUUCAAAAGGUUCUUUCACAAGUACCCCGGGGGGAGCAAAAUCAAAUGCUACAUCGAGAAAAAGAAAAAGAAAAGGAUAGGAGUCAGCCUGUUUCACCAGCCACCGUACUCUAGGAACUCCAAGGGGGUCAUCGAUUGGAGAUACAGUACACCCAAGUCUGGCCACGAAUACUUGUACAUAUACGGAGAAAACACCAUCGAAAUAACGAACCUACCAACUAACCGAACGAAUGAGUAUAUCCAGGAAAGGCUCAGAAAAAGCUUAAACAAAUAUGGCCCUUUAAAAAUAUUAAGAUGCCUAAGUCAUAGAAACGAUCCAUACAUUAACAACAAUAUCUGCUACGCUACCUUUUACAAUAAAAAGGACAUGCAGAAAUGCAUGCGAAAUGUGAAUAUACGAUUACCCCUAUCUCUACAAAGCAAAAUUUUAAAGUUCAAAAGUCUUUAUAAUAACAAGACGAACGAUUACAACUAUUUUUUUAAACAGGACCAUUACAAUUACAGUGUGAUUAAUAUUGCCCUGAAUUUAUUUAAAUAUUUACAAAAUAAUGAAUGCAUUUUAAACGUUAAGGAUAUUUUCAAGCACGUUUUUGAGUACAGUUUUUACCCGCAUAAAAUUAUAACGUCUGGGAUUUCUGUAUACAAAGUUUUUCGCAGCUGGAUACCUUUUUUGGAUUUCUUUGAUUGCUUAUUUUUGAGGAUAAACGAUGGAACGGGUGCUGUUUUUGUUAGUGCGAAGAUUAUGGAUGACCAACAUUUGUGCGUUUACCUGAAUAAUAGGCUGAUCGAACUGAAGAAACGGACGAGCGCGUCGAAUUCCGUGUACUGGCGGCAGGAAGCCUUGCAGCUCCCAGGCGAAAUCGAGAGCAGAAUAAACAACGAACACCCGAAAAAGCUCAAGGAGGAAAUGCAGCUCCUUUCCAAGACGAAGGACUUCUACAAGAUUCAUGAUGAAAGGCACCUAUUCAAGUUGAAGCUGAACAAGGAGAGGAAGGAGAAAAAGAGGUUGCUCAAAAGUAAGGGCGAAAAAUGA